AUGAACACAGUCAUUUUCGUGCUUGCCAUGGCUGGCGCAGUACAUUGCCAUCCAACUGGCAAGGAAGGCUUCGGAAGAGUUCCUGACGCUCUCCGUGAAAUGCUUCUGCCGCCAUUCCUCAAGACUGUCUCCGGACAGGCUCGCAUCGAGUAUUUCGCCAUAGUGAUGAGCAUGAAUGACACUAUCGCUCAACAGAAGCAGAACAUCCUUGCUUGGGGGCAGAAGUACGGUAUCGAGGCACAAGUAGAAGAAUUCAACACCAACCUGACAAGCACUAUAAAAGGAGUUAAGCAGAACGUGACCGAGCUGAUAAACUCGUUGCCACCAACUCUACAACAAUACACCUCAUUGAUAGAAAAUGAAAACCAAACGCCGCCGCUGGAACUGAAGAAAUCCACUGGAGACGCUUUGCCGGGAAUCCCAUUCGACAAAUCGUCUUUUCAAGGAACCGCUACCGGAGCCGGCUUUGGUGGAUACAACAUGCAAUCGAUAACUCCAUACUAG